CGAUAUCCGUCUAAAAUGACUGCUUUGCCCUUCAAGAUAAUCAGCGAAAGAAAAAUAAAUCGGUACGCUGGGAACAUGGCGUUAGUUGCAGCCCCUACCUGGAGGGAGAACACGGAUAGCCAAGAGGACACGUCUGAGAAAAAUGGGCAAAUCGAGUGUGCUGUUUGUGGAGACAAGUCGUCGGGAAAACACUACGGGGUUUUCACAUGUGAAGGGUGCAAGUCCUUCUUCAAGCGUAGUGUCCGCCGCAACUUGACCUACACAUGUCGUGCUUCUAGGAACUGUCCCAUUGACCAGCACCAUCGAAACCAAUGCCAGUACUGUCGUCUAAAAAAGUGUCUCAAGGUUGGGAUGCGACGAGAAGGCUCGACAGCUGUGCAGCGAGGUCGUAUCCCUCCAACACAAGUAGUACCGCAACAAAAUCCAAGUCACCCUGGCGUAAAUGGAGAAGGAUCGAAUGGUCACUCUUACCUUUCAGGAUUUAUCGCUCUGCUUUUACGAGCUGAACCAUACCCGACCACUAGAUUCCAGCAGGGUCUGAACAUGCCAUGCGGGAUCAUGGGCAUUGAAAAUAUUUGCGAGUUGGCUGCUAGGUUGCUGUUUAGCGCUGUCGAAUGGGCUCGUAAUAUCCCGUUCUUUCCUGACCUCGCUGUUACAGAUCAAGUAGCAUUACUGCGUCUUGUUUGGAGCGAAUUGUUCGUUUUAAAUGCUGCCCAAUGCCCUAUGCCUUUACAAGUUGCUCCUCUUCUCGCUACGGCCGGAAUUCACUCGAAUCACAUGUCACCGGACAGGAUGGUCUCUUUUAUGGACAACAUAAGGAUUUUUCAAGAACAAGUGGAAAAACUAAGAAGCCUGCACGUCGAUGCUGCAGAAUUUGCCUGUCUGAAGGCCAUCGUUUUGUUUACUUCAGAUGCAUCUGGUUUAACUGACCCAACUUAUAUAGAAAGCCUGCAAGAAAAGACCCAGUGUGCCUUGGAGGAAUACUCAAGAAACCAAUAUCCCAACCAGCCUACACGGUUUGGAAAACUAUUGCUCAGACUACCUUCACUAAGGAGUAUAAGUUCUUCAGUGGUUGAGCAGCUCUUUUUCGUGCGACUUGUAGGAAAGACACCGAUUGAAACGCUUUUAAGGGACAUGUUGCUGUCUGGGACGCCAACAUCAUGGCCUUACCUUCCUUGUUCAUGAGCAAAAGUUGUCAUAACACGGAAAAAAACGUUUGCGAAGCUCAACUCGGUCUUGGACGAGGUAUUAAUUUAGCUUCUGGCACUAGUGUGUAUUUUGUGUGUGUGACAAAAUAUUUUUAGAUGAGAGAGAUGCCUUCAAAAGGCGACCCCUCGCUUGAUGACUCCCCUCUUUGCUGUCUUGAGCUUUGAGGAAGUUGUUUCCUUGGCUGAUGGCCAUUAAACUUUACAUUUUAGAGUAGUUUAGCUUGAAGCGAAUAACUAUAUAUUUGGGAACAAAGAAUCUCGUAGUUUAUAUAUUUACCAGGUAGGAUUUCUAUGUUUUAAAAGCAACAGAAUCUAAGAUUUGAUAGCGGUUUUUAUCGAGUUUGAAUAUUGGAGAGUAGAAGAUGAACUAAAAAUAAUUCAACCAAGUAUAUGUCUCAGUCUUAGGGGAAAAAAAUACCAUGACAUACAAACUUUACUCCAAAGUUUGACAAGAUAGCUCGUUAGGACGUAACAAAUUGUAAUUUUUAGUCACCAAAUGACUUAGUUUAAAUAGAGAAUAGCUAURGAUGAUAUAAACUGGAUAUUUUUACUUUUUACUGUUGAUGUCCUAGACACAAAAUGACCAGAGAUUUUAGUUCUAUAAAGUUUCAGUUAAAGCAUUUUUAUUUUCACAAUCUCUCCACAGAAGUGAUUGUUUUGUUUUCCUCGUACCAGUUCCAUGUCUUUUGAAGACAUUGUCUGUUUUAAAAUCUGCAUGACUUAAAGAUUAAAAACUCUUUUUUCAACAAGACAGAA